AUGCCCCUAAGAGUUGGCUAUAAUACACUUUCAAGUACCACAUUUAGAACGGAAGAGUUUGUGAAACGUGUGACUCAGUGUAAUAAUGUCAACGUUUUGGAAACUUACAAUUCUGCAAUGAAUUUACAAUUGCCCAUAACUUCCUUGUUUAGUAAUAGUUCAUAUGGAUCAAGAGAUACUUUCGUUUACAUGACCUUGUCGAAUAACCUUUAUCAUAAAAAAUCCUCAGCAACGCAAGCCACUGCUUCUAUAAACAAAUGUUUUCAAGUGUAUGAUUGGACGAAUAAUAUGACCAACAGUAACGUUUCUACAUCGGAUUAUCGCUCUACUUGCACUAUGUCAACAUUAUCCAAUCGAACUAAUCAACAAGACACGCCACAUAUUCGAUAUCCAAGAGUAUAUUUCUUUGGCCGAAAGAAAGAUGAAAAGAAACGAAAAGGGAUGGGACCAAGUGAUUCACACACCAAAAUUCACAGGACAAACCAAACUACAAACACUGCUACCAAAAGUUGCGAUUCUAAAACAAGCUUAGAAUGUUGUUCAAACUCUAAUAUGAAAACAUCGUGCAUGACGCCAAAACGAUCACUGCCACCGAAAGCUUCUAAAACUGCAGCCACCUCAGCAGGAUCUACUAAAACCGUCACUAUAAAAGAAGAAAAACCACAAAAGCCCUGUCCAGCCCUAGGAACUACUAAAGGCGAUAUGAUGGUGACUGUUUCCCAUAUCAAAAUAGGACCGAAAGAAAAUUGUCCAGUGCAUGGAAGUGAACCCUGUCAAGGACCUAAGUGUGUUUUGGCGUCCUCAGGAGAGGAACAAGCUCCCGUCAAAAUAACUUCGGUAAACAAUCCAAGAAGAGGUGUAUUUGAAGUAGUAAUACGUAGGCUUACUGGCGCCCCACUAGCGAAAAAUGAACUAAUGCUAGAAUGGACUCCACCUCCCUCUCGGCCUGCGCCGUGUGGGGUGCCCUGUCCUUCUAACUGCUUCGCGCCAGGCUCGUAUCGACCAUCGAGAUGCAAAUUAAUUAUUUGCCGCCCUUCCCCUUGUCAACCAAAGUGUUCUAAAAAAAAACGAUGUGUACGACCUCCCUGUCGUAAGCCGUGUAACAAAUGUUGUAAGCCAGCGUGUGCAAAAUCGUGUUUUCCCCCGUGUAGACCCUGCUCUCCCCCAAGAUGCUCUCGUUGUACUCCUUCAAUAUGUGGAUCAUGUUCUCCGCCGCCUUGCUCACCACCACCUUGUUUCAACCCUCCAUGCUCUCCAUGCAAAAGCUCUCCAUGCUUGCGCCCUUGUCCUGUAGGAUAUAAACGCAUUCGCAAGUAUCGAAGUCAGCCUAAAAUCAAAUCACACAAAAAAAGAAAAUCUCCAUGCGGCAAUAGUUCACAGGCAUGUCCAAUAGUUAAGUGCCGCAGUAUAGCUGGACCAUGCAUUGCCUGUUGCACCAUCCCACCUAUUUGUUUCCCUAGAAAAAGUUGCUCUACGCUUCCGUGUAAACCUCUAAAAUGUAUGUCGAGCUGUUCUUCCUGCUGCGAGUAG